GUUAUUUCUGAACUCACUCUUACCUAUAAGUUAUAAUGUAGGAAAUACUGUUCGCUUACGAUAGCCUGUCUUUCAUUUUGGAUAAAAAGGAUCAUGCUACGGAAAAAAUAAGUUUUAGUCAGUAGAAAUUGUGACUGUUUAUGUUCUAGAAAAUAUUUAAGUAUUAAAAUAACAUGUUUAACAUAUCGAAUAUGCCAAUGUUCAACAAUAUUGCGCGGGGUGUGCUUAUUUUAUGCAUCUUCAAACAAGCGCUUAGUGCUGAGCGAAAACCGAACAUCGUUGUCUUUAUUGCGGAUGAUUUAGGAUACGCUGAUCUCGGUUGUUAUGGCAACAACACACUUAAGACGCCGCAUAUUGACAGUUUGGCGCGUGAUGGUGUGCGUCUGACGCACCAUGUUGCAACAGCAAGCGUCUGUACACCAAGCAGAGCGGCGCUGCUCACCGGAAGGCACCAGAUGAGGUCGGGGUUGGCGCCGUCGACGAAUAUUCGAAUCAAUUUCUGGGUUGGGUCGCGAGGCGGGUUGCCGCCUUCAGAGAUUACAUUUGCAGAGCUUACCGAACAGGCUGGAUACAGAAAUGCUCUUAUAGGUAAAUGGCAUCUUGGCAAUCACAGAGACCGUCCAGGAGACCACGCCCACCAUCCCCUUUCUCAGGGCUUUCACUACUUUUAUGGACUACUUGGGACCAACUUCGAUGACUUCGCAAACGACGGCUCCAAAGUCGUCCUUAAGCAGAGGCCAUACUUCAAUAUUCAAAUAUUGGCCUCGUGGCUGUCUAUUGUGGCAUGCCUGAUUUAUGCGUACAGAGCGAAAUACAUUGGCGUGUUUUUGUUCGCGGUGUUGGUCUUUUCUCUAACCGCCAUCUGCUGGUAUCUGUACUACAUAAUGAAUAACCUAUAUUUUCUUAACAGCAUGCUUCAUAGAAACCAUGACAUUGUAGAACAACCCGCAGAGCUGGUCGGUCUUAGCAAACGACUCGUGCACGAGGGGUUGGAGUUCAUCACGAAUUCCUCCGGCGCUGACUCGCCGUUCUUGCUCGUGAUGUCAUUUGUGCACGUGCACACGGUAUUGCGCGUGUCGCGUGACUGGGAUGGCUCAUCAGCGCACGGGAUUUUCGGUGACGCCGUACAAGAAAUGGACUGGUCCGUUGGGCAGAUACUAGAUGCUUUGGACUCGUCCGGUCAACGGGAUAAUACACUCGUAUACUUUACCUCCGACCAUGGGGCUCAUAAAGAGCUUGGUGUCCAUGGCGGAUGUAAUGGCGUAUUUAAAGGUGGAAAGUCGCAUGGAGCACCGGAAGGCGGUAUAAGAGUACCGGGGAUCUUCCGAUGGCCGGCCGUACUUCCGGCUGGGCGGACGGUUGAUGCACCGGUGUCCCUGAUGGACUUGUUUCCCCUAGUAGCUAAGGCAGCUGGAAUAUCCCUUCCCGAUGACCGUGCCAUUGACGGACGUGAUGUUCUACCGCUAUUGAAGGGAGAUACUGACGUCACACCCCACGAGUUUAUGUUCCAUUAUUGUGGGUCGAUACUUGCUGCUGUCAGAUAUAUACCUAAAACAGGUGGGCGUGUCUGGAAACAAGUGAGCCACAUGCCGAACUAUUUACCAGGGACCGAUGUCUGUAAAUUUGGGUGUCGGUGUAGUGACCUGAUUCUCCAAGAUCCGCCCCUUAUUUAUGAAGUCAUAUCCGACCCAUCGGAGUCACACCCGAUUGACUCUCAGUCUGUUGAAUAUGCCGAUAUAAGUAAAAAAGUUGAGGCCGCAAUUAAAGUACAUGAGGCUUCGUUAGAACCCGUUGAAAGCAUGUUUUCUUAUACAAAUGUAUUAUGGAGAUACACUUACCAAGAGUGUUGUAAUGGAACAUUUCCGUUUUAUUGCCAAUGUUCAGAUAGUAAAUAUUCAAAUAAAUUUUAUGUAUGACAUUUCCAUACUAUUUCCGUUUAAAUGCUAAUGUUCAGAUUGUAAAUAUUCAAAUAAAUUUUAUGUAUGACAUUUCCAUACUAUUUCCGUUUAAAUGCCAAUGUUUGACAUUUCCAUAUUAUUUAUGUGAAUAUAGAAACAAGACAAAUGAGUUGUAUGUAUGACAUGCUAUUAUUUAUGUCUAAAUGUCAUUGUUCAGAUAGAAAAUAUUCAAAUGAGUUUUAUUUAUGACAUAACAUUGCUAUUUCCAUAUAAAUACCAAUGUUCAUAUAGUAAAUAUUCAAAUGAGUUUUAUGGAUGACAUAACUAUUCUAUUUUCGUUUAAAUGUCAAUGUUCAGAUAGGUAAUAUCCAAAUGAGUUUUAUGUAUGACAUUACUAUACUAUUUUCGUUUAGAUCGUAAACAUUCAAAGAGUUUUAUGUAUGACACAACCAGAUCAUUUCCGUUUAUAUAUAUACCAUGUAUGUAUGACAUGAUUAUUAUUUGUCUGUUUUAAUGUAAUUGUUCAGAGAGUAAACAUACAAAAUAGUUGCAUGUAUGAUAUGAUUUUAACGGUCUGAAUACUUCUAUUACAAAUAACAAACACAUUUGCCGGGGCAGGACAUGCGAUUUAUUUCUUGAAAGAAUGUGAGCAGUUCACUAGCUUAGCGCAUACAACAUCGUUACAACAAUAUACAACAUCUAGGCAAAUCGAUUUCUACGAAAAUUUGCUUUUAGUUUUAGCAUUCUGUUAAACUACAAACUAUAUGCAAAGAUACUAUGGGUCAGAUUAAAAACCAGACAUAAACUUCGCCCCAACAAUAGACUAUACAAUUCUCUGGAAAACUGUUCCCACAAUAUCUUAAGGCAUGCCAUAUAAUUAUACUUUUUUACAAACCACAUACAAUUUGCGAAUAUAAUUGUGUCAUGCUUUAAGACAACAUUGCAUUAUCGGUACAUUUCUUUUACAAAAUCUAUCUUAUAUUGUAAAAUAACAUGACCUGAAUUUGAUUGCAUGGAAAGUUGAC